AUGGAAGUCGACUCUCGUGAAGGAUUGACCGGCGAGGCUGCUGAGGCGGACCUUCCUGCAUUAGUGUCCAGCAUGAAACACCGUGAUUUGGUUGCUGUUGUCCAGAGUUACAUCCGAAGCUGUGGAGAGAGCGAUAGGGUUAAGGUGGCUGAGCUUGCUGGUAUACCUGUUCACGUCCCUGAAGACCUGGCCUCUGAUACAGUGAUGCACGCGAGUGCAGAGGAGGAGAGGGAGGCAGAGCUAGACCAAUACGCCGGUGCAUGCCCAUCUCACUACAAAGGCGUGGAGGCAUCUGAAGAGUCCGAGCCCGAGGUUGGUACCAAUUCUGCUGUUGAUUCUGACCAGGCUUCAAUGAUAGCUCGGGCCAAGUGGGUACCAAUAAGGCUCACUUACGACGAGAGGAAGCUACUACGGUUGGUAGAGAGUGCGAUGCAGGUCGCCGAUUACACUGAUAAAGUAGACGUGCAGUUCCCUCCUAAUGCGAGCCUAGCCCGACAAAUGGCAAUACGGGCGCGUCAAAUGUGUGCUAUUCUCAACGGCUUGGUAGUGGCUGAGGACUACAGCAAGGGGGCGGCCUUGGUGAAGAGCCGUGACUACGCUGCUUAUGGGAAUUUCUAUCGGAAGGCUUUUGAGAUUAGCAGACGAUACAAACUGUUGAAUCCAGAGAGGAUGCGGUCCACCUAUGGAAAACUCAUCUACUUCCUCAUGGACACUGUUCGGCCGGACACUGUCGGGCUAUUCGAGCACAUAGGAGUGAUAGAGCCAGUGAAGACCGUUUUCUCGACACUUCAGACUAGUCCACGAGCACUGAAGAUGCUCAGUGACCCUCUGCUGGAGGUGGCUACUAGGGAGAUUUACAGUGAGGGACGUUCCAGAGGGGAGGUCCAACGUGAUAUCAAAGCUAAAGAGCAUGCUAUAAGAAAGCUAUCACGGAAGUAUUGUGCUAAAGGGACACGGACGAAGAGGAAUAAGGGACACUUUGGUGGUUACUUCUCGUACAUGUUCUCUAGUCGUAAUGAUGACGAUUCGAGUGAUACAGAGGAUAAGACUAUGGACGAUGAGGAGUCUAGCGGUGUCCAGCUCACUCAAGAGGAUAUCGAGCAAUGCAUCUAUGCUCUUGGGGACCACAGCACUUACUUACGCUUCAAUCGACUACCUUGUGAUAGGAUGAUACAGUACAUGCAGCACUACUUCUCACCUGAUAGGGUUGAUCAGGACGUAACGGGGAAAUAUAAUAUAUCCCUCGCUAUUGAGGAGGGCAUGGGAGGGUCUAGAUUGACUCAUUCACACGGCCGACAGUACAACUUCGUGUUACAAAGUCUUACUCUCUGGAGAGAGGUGAUCAGCGAUAUGUACAGACUAUGGCAUCUCGCCGAGGAGGAUCUGUUGGACCCUGCUAACCCCUACACCCUCCAACAGACUGGUCAGGGCCUUCAUAGAGUUCAGAAGAGCCCAAAGGUGAUGAAAGCAAUGCGGCAAAUAGUAGGUAGAGUUCAGCGCCAACUGGGUGAUCGCUGGAUAGGAAGUACUAUUGUCCACCUUGGUGACCAUAACGUUCCCAAUGCUCUUAUGUUCAUCGACAAAUACGUUCAGGUGCCGCGUAUUUUGGGGCCUUUGGUACUGUGCUUGGACAAGAUAGCGGAGAUGAGGGAUGCCCCGGGUAUGUCGAACUUGGUCAACAACUUUGGCGGGGUCGAGAAUCUGCACCGAAUCAUCCUAUCUGACUUCUUCCGACACGCCUUUGACGGCUCUGGUGGUGACAAUUUCUUCGAUGCUGGCAGUUGUAUCGAUGGUAGACUCACGAGUGCAUGGAACUGGUGUUCUCAGAUUGAAGAUAAACCGUACUUUCCUGUAUUCUUACUCACCGGGUUCACGGGCUUUGAUGGUAAAGAGGGAUGGCUUGUUACUUCUACCUCUCUCCUGCCCCACCCAAUGGCUACUACUGAGCAGGAGCAUAGGCUGCUGUGUAUAUCGCCUGUAGAUGGCAGGUAUGCUAACAAAUGCACUGAUCUCAACCAUAUUUUCUCUGAGUUCGGCCUCAUCCGUCAGCGCGUGCGUGUUGAGGUAGAGUGGCUCAAGCUGAUGAGUGAUCGAUCGGAGUUCUCAGAGGUACCGAGCCUGUCUACAGAGCAAAGAGAGAAGCUCUCAAGCAUUGCCUCUGACCUUACUGUAGCUGAUGGGCUCAGAGUUAAGGAGAUUGAACGUACUACCAACCACGAUGUGAAGGCGGUGGAGUAUCUCAUCAAAGAGAAGCUUCAUUCCACCGGCGAUCCGACUCUUGCCAAGCUCACUGAGUUCACCCACUUCGCCUGUACCAGUGAGGACAUCAAUAAUCUAUCUUAUGCUUUGAUGUUUACUGAGGCCCGUGAGAAGGUGCUCCGAUCGAGGUUUACUGCCCUUAUCGAUAAGCUCGCGGAUCUAUCGCAAGAGUACGCCGACACUCCUCUGUUGGCUCUGACUCAUGGUCAGCCGGCUACCCCAACGACGUUUGGGAAGGAGUGUGUGGUUUUCGUUCACCGUCUGAAGCGGCAGUUGAGGAAUCUCGAUAGGGUCGAGGUGAUGGGGAAGUUCAACGGUGCUACUGGUAACUACAACGCACAUAUCAUAGCCUAUCCGGACGUGGACUGGCUGGAGAUAUCGAAGACACUAGUGGAGGAGAGACUGGGCCUAAACUGGCAGCCUGUAUCUUCACAGAUCGAGAGCCACGACUAUGUGUCUGAGAUGUGUGAUACUGUGGCUAGGAUGAACACCAUCAUUAUCGACUUAUGUCGCGAUUUCUGGAUGUAUAUCAUGCGUGGAGUGCUAGGCCUGCGUACUAUCGCAGGCGAGGUAGGUUCCUCUACCAUGCCUCACAAGGUGAACCCCAUUGACUUCGAAAAUGCCGAGGGUAACUGUGGAGUAGCCAUCUCGAUGUUGCAUCAUUUCUCUACCAAGCUGCCUAUCUCUCGUAUGCAGAGGGAUCUGACUGACAGUACCGUGCAGCGGGCUGUUGGUUCCGCUUUCGCCCACACCAUCAUCGCCAUUGACUCCACUAUCAAGGGCCUAAGCAAGGUUAUGGUGUCCGCACCCGUCGCCAAUCGUGAACUUGAGGAGCACUGGGCGGUGACUGGAGAAGCUGUGCAAACGGUGAUGAGAAGAUACGGGCUCGAAAGGCCUUACGAGCGUCUGAAGGAGUUCACUCGUGGCCGUGAAAUUGAUGCCACUUCUAUGAAGGAGUUUACUGAGAAUAUCGCUCGUGAGAUUGGAGAAGACAGGCCUGGUGUGAAGGGUCUUGAGAACCUCACUCCCCAAACGUACAUCGGUUUGGCCCCAGUCAUAGCUCGUAAAUAUGGUACACCAGUGGCAGAGCAGAAAUAG